CACAAAUCAAUUUUUUUCGGGAAUUGAUUAAAUUUAAUGUUUUUAUUUAAAGGGUUUUUCUUGGACUGGUUGUCCGAAUUGCAUCCAAAUAUGCCACACCGCAUUUUAAUAAAUGCAAAUGGAACUAUACAAUCUGAAACACAAACAAAACAAGUUAACGCAACACAAAAACAAUAAUAAACAAACCUAACAGGUUAACCUAACGCAAUAACAAUAAUUUGAACGCUGAAAAGUAAUUCGAACCUUACCGAACACAAAAACGACAAGUUAAACAAAAAGUAGAGCAAGUUACCAUCCAAAAGCAUCGCAAAAACAAGAAUUUUAGCAGUAUACUAUCUAUUUAUUUUAAUUAUCUAUAGAAAAUUAAAAAGCACGUUAAAGAUUUAAAAACACUCAUCAAGUGACGUCAUUAAGCCCCGCCCAACAUGCGCACCAUCCUAUCUCAUGAUACAUCAUGUUGUAUCAUGAUCCUAUAUGUAUCCCUGUAUGUAUCUUGUUUAAUAAUAUUAUGUCAAAUAACAUGGAACCUACACAAGGAGCCCGAACUUAAUAGGAAAAAUUGACAAAACCUUUCCUCUAAAUUGCACAAAUUAAGCCUUUUUUUCAGUAGUAGGCGCUGGUGUACCGUUUAUUCUGAAACAAUUGACUAUAUAUAUAUAUAUCCUUUUUUAUGAUUUUGUGUAAGAAGAAUAUAAUCUUCUUAAUUUUGUGGUUGAAUCUAGGGAAAAAAAUGUCAAGCUAGGGAAAUUUUUGAGACCGCAGAGCAUAGAAAUAAUACUAAUAAUAUUAUUAUUUCUAUGCCGCAGAGUCUGCGGAGCAGAGGGAUUUUUUUCACGGUUAUGUUGGCAAAGCUGCUUGUAACCAACUUCAAAAGGGUUGUUUAAAAAACUGACGUUUUGUCAUGUGUUGUGUUUAUUUUAUUAAUAAGUUUGUUUAGAAUAUACAACGAGUUGUAAUAAGGUUAUAAUCAAACCGCCAAACAUGAACGUUAGUUCAAUUAUAGACCAAACAAUGGAUAAUACUCGAAUGCCUCUUCAAAAAAUGGAGAUUGCGGCGAGAAACGUUGAUAGAUCUUUGAACAUAGAUUGUUCGGCACCAAGAUUAAUUGAUCAAUUGAAUGUAAAUGCACAAACAGGGUCUACAGCCAGUGGUCUUAUUGAUAAUGAUUACCCUUUGUUAAACGGGAUCCCUUUUACUUUGAAUAAUAUGACACAAAUCAAGACUGUGAACAAUAUUCCUCUUCCACCUGAAAUUGUCGAUCAUUUUACUCAUAUUCAAUGCCACUGCAUGAUGGGCUUGUUCCCAGAAAUAAACAGAGCUUGGUUAACAGUGGACAGUGAUAUUUAUGUUUGGACCUAUGAAGAAAACUCUGAUUUAGCUUAUUUCGAUGGGAUCAACGAAACCAUUUUGUGUGUGGGAUUAGUAAAACCCAAACCAGGAGUUUUUCAUAAUUUCAUAAAAUAUUUGUUGGUUCUUACGACGUCAGUGGAUAUUGUUGUGUUGGGAGUUACUUUUACUGAAGGGGCUGAGGGGGAUAAUGAUGAGAUACAGCUUAUACCUGAUCCUGUGUUCACAAUUUCAACAGAUGGCGCCACAAUAUCCACCAUUUCUGGCACUGACUCUGGAAGAUUGUUUUUGGGUUCCAAGGAAGGGAAUCUAUUUGAAAUCUCCUACCAGGCUGAAAGUGGUUGGUUUGGAAAAAGAUGCAAAAAAGUCAACUUAUCGACCAGUUCUCUUUCAUUUCUGGUACCUUCAUUUUUAAAUGCAGCCCUUAGCGAGGAGGAUGGCAUCGCUCAAAUUGCAAUCGAUAACACCAGAAAUAUACUUUACAUUUUAACUGAAAAAGGAUCCAUUGAAGUUUGCGACUUGGGAGAAAAAGGAAAUACGUUUUCUAGAGUUACCAAGUUAUCGCAGGCUCAACUUGUAUCUCAAGCCAUGACCACUGUCAAAACGUUGGACAGCCAAAAUUUCCGCCCCAUCGUGAGCAUAUCCGCCGUGGAGGCAUGCGACUCGGCCAACGUUAACCUGGUGGCCGUUUCUCAAACUGGCGUGCGAUUUUACAUGUCCGUGGUGAGCUUGUCCAACCAGCUGCCCAAUCAGCGGCCGUACACGUUGGCGCUUUUGCACGUGCGGCUGCCGCCCGGCUACUCGGCCAACAUCGCGGUUCGCCCGAGGUGCGUGCACAUGAGCCACUACAGAGACAGGAACUGCGUACUGGUGUCCACCGUGAAGGAUAAGGACGUGUUGUGGUGCAUCAGUUCGGAUUUGUUCCCGUUCAAUUCCACCCUUAUGGAAGCUUACACGACUGUCAACUUGGAUGGGCCUGUUUUGGCCAUUGCUGAGGUGCGUCACGACAGCCCGCUGCAAGACCCGAACUUCGAAGCGCCCCCUCUCGCCGUGCGCCAGCACUUCGAGGCGCAAAAAAAAUACGUCGUUUUAACGUCGCACGGCGUUCAGAUCCUCGUCAAGCUCCGCCCGGUCGACUUGCUGCGGCAGAUUCUGCGGGACAGCCGCGGCCACGACAGCGAAACCCUGAAAGCCUUCUUCAUGAUCCUGAAGGAGGAUCAAGCGUGCGCCGCCAGCCUCAUCCUCGCCUCAUUGGAGAACGACGAGAACACGGAGAUCGCCGAUUGCGCCACCAGGUGCUUUUUCACUUUCGGCGGCGAACCGAAGGUGGCGCUUCUGAACCAAACCAGUGCACUAUCUGGUUCAACAAUGUUUUCACCAAACAUAAUAUCCACCCCAGCCCACAAUUACCAACAAAACAUGUACAACAUGCAAAGCCCCAAUCUGUCUCAAACUCAACAAUCCCCAAAUUUUGAAGUGGUGUGCCCCUUCGUGUUUUCCUCCAAACACAACGGUUUGUAUUUGUACCUGGGAAGAAUAUUACGACCCGUUUGGAAUAGAAGAUGCGUCAAUAAGGUUUGCAUCGAUGGAAAAACCUUCACAAAUGUGAGCACCAUCUCAAUCAACGAUUGCAUCUGGAUACUGAACAACCUGACCGCCCUGCACAACUUCAUAACGCAAAACACGCAGCUCUCCUCCGUUUGCAAUACCUCGUCGAACGCGAACGCCAACGGCUCGUUCGCGAACCAAACGACGAACGCGACGCGGUCGACCGUGACGGUCAGGGACGCGCAACUCGAGGAAAGGCGAUCGCUGGACGCCCUGAAGAUCUUCGCGAACCAGUGCUGCCAGCUGCUGGGCUUCUGGAGGAUCCUGUGCGAGCACCGCUUCCACGAGCUGAUCGGCUCGUUGCCCGAGAACCAGCAGCAGGUGCUGCAGAACACCACGUUCAAGGAGUUGUUUCUCUACCGGCACGAUAUCUGCUCGUUUUUGAUCACCACGCUGGUGAACAGCUAUCUCGGCGACAACGCCUCGGUCGAUUCGAUCAGCAACAAGUUGCGGGAGGUCUGCCCUCAGUUGUACAAGUCUGAAGAUGCCGCGUUUUCGAAGGCCAACGAAAUCCUGAAAAUGAUCAGAACCGUGCAAAACACGGACGAAAAGGAGGAAAUGCUGAUCUCGGCCCUGCAACUCUGCAAAUCCAUCGGGGCCAACAUAAAGCUGCGGGAAAUCUCCCGCCAAUUUACCGCGCUGAAAGCCUACAAGGCCGUCAUCGAGCUGUGCCACUACUACGCGCAAAAGGUCGACCCAGAAAACAUCGCCGAGCAUUUUUACAACAACGACGACAACGCCGCUGAUCACGAGGGCUACGGCUACUACAGGAAGAGAAUGGAGGUUUACACAGAAGUUUUGGCCAUGCUGGACACGAUUUACUUCGAGCAGAACGAAAAUCGCCAGGCCACCUUCGCAGACGAUUGCGCCGUCGAUUCAGUGACCCGUCAAGUGAUAUCGCAAGUUUUGGACUACCCCGACGAAAUAAUGCACAUAGCGUUGUACGAGUGGAUGGUCAGUAAAAACAUGACCAGCGACCUCAUCAAAAUCAGUCAGCCGUCGUUGGAGGUGUUCCUCAAGCGCAGCUCGAACAAAGACAACGGCAACAUCGCCGUCAUGGACCUCUUGUGGAAGUACUACGAGAGCAACAACAACCACGCCUCCGCCGCCAAGAUCCUCAACGGGCUCGCCUCGCAGUCGGGGGGCGCCGUCAGCCUGAAGGAAAGACUGUCGUAUUUGGCGAGGGCCAUAAUGUGCAUGAGAAGCGACAAAGUGGGCUAUGCGCCUUGUUUGGGUGUGUUUUUGAGGGAUCUGGAAGACAAAAUGGAGGUAGCCAAGGUGCAGGAACAAAUCCUCGAUGCCAUCACAAAUAUGCAAAAUUCCGUUCCGAAUGCCCAAGAAGUUAUUACCAUUCUGAAUUCUGGAUUAUUUGAAAUAUCGCAGCUGUAUGAAAAUUUCGCGGAGCCCUUCAAACUACUAGAGUGCCAAUUGGCAAUCAUCGACUGUGCCGGCUACACAGACAAUGUGCUGAUCGAGCACAUUUGGCGUCAAAUUCUGACGAACGAGCUGAGAAAAAGCAGCGGCUCUGGCAACGACAGAAUGGCGCAAGUGCUCACCAAGGUCAAGCAUCUGGCCAGGUAUUAUGCCUCAUCUUUGAACUGCUUUCCUUUAGAUAAUAUUGUGUAUGAAUUGGAAAUGCUUAAUUCGAGGUUGAGGGGGGACAAAAAUUUAGUACCACAAACUUUGGUCACGUUAAAUGUGCCGUUUGAAAAACUUGUCGCUGUUUAUAAUAACCUCAUAACAUUAUCAGCAAAUGACCAAGAAUGGCAAAAGGAAGAAAAUGAAUUCCAUCUAUCGGAAGCCACAUCAUUUUUAAUAUAUUAUUUCCUUGAUAAUAAUGAUUCCUUUAAUAGCAUUGAAAAGAGAAAAAUUACGUCACUAUGCCAAGAUGCUGUAGCAACAUUGUUUUCCAUACUUUACAGCAAACCAAACACAGAACAUUUAGUGAAUCAACUUAGAAGCAUAAAAGCGCAACUCUCAAGAAUUUAAUUUUUUUAACUAUUUAAUUAAGCCUAAGAAUUGUUGUAAAUUAUUGUUUAAGAAAUUUUGUUAAUGAGUGUCACAUUUGAUAAUAAAAUAAUAAAUAAAA